GGUUGUCUUGAUCAAUUCGAUCCGAUGUACAAAGAAGACUGCAAUCAUGGCGAGUUCAACGACCGCUACUUCUUCAAUCAUGACAGAAAAAGAUGCGAGCAUUUCCAUUGGGGUGGAUGUCGAUCAUCAUCCGAAAAUUUUUUCAUUGCUAUGGGAGAAUGUCGAGAGCUAUGCGAAGCACCAAGUCGUGAAUUAUCGCAGGCAUGCCUAGAGCCAUUUGAUGACACGUAUCGGGAUUCCUGCUCUGCUGAUGGACGCUACAAGCAGUACUACUACUUUGAUCAUGCCGCAGGGGCAUGUAGGAUGUUUUGGUUUGGAAACUGUCGUGGCACUGGUCAAAACAUUUUUCCAUCGUUGGACAGUUGUGAAUGGACCUGUGUAAGAAAUCGUGACGAGCGUAUUUCAGCUGAUGGACGUUACAAGCAGUACUACUACUUUGAUCAUGCCGCAGGGGCUUGUAGGAUGUUUUGGUUUGGAAACUGUCGCGGCACUGGUCAAAACAUUUUUCCAUCGUUGGACAGUUGUGAAUGGACCUGUGUGAGAAAUCGUGACGAGCGGAUUUCAGAAAUUGAACCUUAUGAGGAAUUUCCUGACCCAGAGAUGAACUAUCAGUGUUUGCUACCAAAAGAAAUUGGUACAUGUAAGGAAACGUAA